GGCCCCAAGACCCCAAACAAAAACCCUCGCGCCGCUGGCUCGUCAAUUCCCCCCUUUUUCCCUCCACAAUCACGCGGUUUCCGCUCUCCCGCGCAACCCACCCGACCGCCAUGGCGGCCUCCGCCGCCACCGCUGCCGUACCCGCCGGCACCUACGACAUCCCGUGGGUGGAGAAGUACCGCCCCACCCGCGUCGCGGACGUCGUCGGCAACUCCGACGCCGUCGCCCGCCUCGAGGUCGUCGCCCGCGACGGCAACAUGCCCAACCUCAUCCUCUCCGGGCCUCCAGGGACUGGUAAGACGACGAGCAUCCUGGCCCUCGCCCACGAGCUGCUCGGGCCCAGCUACCGCGAGGCCGUGCUCGAGCUCAACGCCUCGGACGACAGGGGGCUGGAUGUGGUGCGGAACAAGAUCAAGAUGUUUGCGCAGAAGAAGGUCACACUGCAGCCAGGGCGGCACAAGAUUGUCAUCCUGGAUGAGGCCGACAGCAUGACAUCAGGAGCACAGCAAGCACUGCGAAGAACGAUGGAGAUCUAUUCCAACACCACAAGAUUUGCACUCGCGUGCAACACCUCAUCUAAGAUAAUUGAACCCAUUCAAAGCCGUUGUGCUAUUGUCAGGUUCUCGAGGCUCUCAGAUCAGGAGAUCCUUUGCCGCCUGAUGGUUGUCGUGGCAGCUGAGAAGGUUCCUUAUGUGCCAGAGGGGCUUGAAGCUAUCAUAUUUACCGCUGAUGGUGACAUGAGACAAGCUUUAAACAACCUGCAAGCUACAUUUAGUGGGUUCCGCUUUGUUAAUCAAGAAAAUGUGUUCAAGGUAUGUGAUCAACCACAUCCCUUGCACGUCAAGAAUAUGGUGAAAAAUGUGCUUGAUGGAAAGUUUGACGAGGCCUGCUCUGCGCUGAAGCAACUCUAUGAUUUGGGAUACUCUCCUACUGACAUAAUCACUACUCUCUUCCGUGUUGUCAAGAACUAUGACAUGGCUGAAUAUCUGAAGCUGGAAAUGCUGAAGGAAACAGGAUUUGCACACAUGAGAAUCUGUGAUGGUGUUGGGUCAUUCCUUCAGCUUUCGGGCCUUCUUGCGAAGUUUGCGCUGGUUAGAGAAACAGCGAAAGCACCAUAACUUGUUGCUAAUACGGUAACCUAGUCAUUUCAGUUAACAGUGUAGUAGUUCAUGGCUUUCUGAUUACAACUGCCAUCGUGUCUGUCUGUGACUCUGUAAGAUAGCACCGUCUGAAGCAUAAGUAUCAUGUGUAUGCAGUGUGACAGGAGCUGUCAGUAGUGAGAUAGCUGUCCUUAUUCGUACAAGUUGCUUCCUGUUGCCCCGAACACCAGUGGUGUGUGCAACUGCAAUGUCCCAUCUCGGAACCUAUAUGUUGGGCUCUGCUGCUGU